UGUUUUAUCAAUGGGCUUAUAUUUGCCAGCUCCUUGACAGAAUGCCUGCUUGCAGUUAGAAUUUGACAUGGAAUCUGAAAAAUUACUCUGUUUUUGGGUGGUUUUAUGGGAGUUUACUUUUUCUUCUGAUGGAGUCCCAGUAGGCCAGGGGAAUUCUAAUACAGCUCCUAUACAUUACCUGGUCCACAGCAGCAUACUUGGUGUGCUGCUGAAGGCACCCUAAGCUUACUCAGUGAAAUGUAGGUUUAAAUAUUAAUUUAAAAGAAAAAGAUAAUAGAGGCGAGAGGAGAGGAUGUGAGAUCUGGCAAGAAUGUAAGCCAGCUUCUUCUCAGUUGGCUUUGGGCUGUAUUUGUGUUAAAACGCAGUGCUCAAAUGCUUGUUGCUCUCUUUUUUUUUUUAUACCUGAACUGAUUAUCAAAAUACUUAUUUUUAGAAAGCGUUGAUGAGUUUGAUUUAAUUUAUUCAAUAAUGUAAUUUUCCCUACUUCCCAAAAUGAUUAAAGGAUCUCAACUUUCAAAAAAGCAGAACUUUAGCAUUUGAAAGCCAUUUAAUAUGAAGACUUUUUUUGGUUAAGUCUUGUUCUAAAGUUAAUUUCGGGGAAAGUAGUCUGUACUCAGUUGUAUUUAGUUAUUAAUGUCACAGAGCUGGAAUAAAGUGCUUCCACAGUCACAGCUUAGCAGAAUAGCAGCCCUAGAUGUUUUUCCUCCUUUCUAAGGGGGUACUUGUUUGAUAGAAAUCUGCAUAUAUGUCAUCACACUUGCUUAUAAACCAACUGUGAACUAGGUCUGAUACUUAAAUAGGUUAUCAAUAAAGGAUUAAUUAGGAUCUUUCUUUAGAAACAAAAAGGGAGACAGCCUCAGUUUAGUUGAUCUAAAUCUUCAGAUGCAUAAUUGUCCUGCAUUCUGAGCACAUGCAAUUGCAGUUGUCUUAUCUCUUAUUAAGAGUUUACGUUGCUGGGUAGUGCUUGCUUAGAGAUAAAGAGUUAUUCCUUAACUGUAUGAAUUGUACACACAGUGUUUUCUUCCAAGUCAUUAAAAAUCACUGAAGACUUUAAAGAUAAGACAUUUAUCCUUUCUUUACGUUCAUGUGCUGUGUUGUGUUAAGGUUUUGAUCUGUUAAAGAACCAGAGAGCCCUCAGAUUAAUAGGUGACCAGUUGAACACAGCUCAGGUGUUACAGCAUUGCGUAGUGAACAGGUGAGAACUCACUGCUUUUAGUUUACUUGAGUUAACUUAUGAUACCAGAUACAAUUUGAUUUGUCAAAAUGAACUGAUUUUUGAUCUCAGCAGAUUGCUAAUUCUUAAUUACGAUACAUAGUUUAUACAGUGGUUACUAAUCUUCUGGUUGUUUCUUUUUUAAUUGAAGCAGACAAGCUUGUAAAAUGUAUUUAGGGGAAGGAAGCCUUUUGUAAAACUGCAGCGUGGAAACAAAUCUCAGCUGCUGUGCCUUUUCUCACAGUAAUAUGUCAUUAUGGGAACAUUUGAAAAUUCAGAUCUUUAUUCCUCAGCCAUGGUUGGCAGAAAUCAGUCGAUACAUGGAUUUCUCUUUCAGCUCUUUUGUUGUGAGAUACUGAUCGAAUUGUAUCCAUGGGUACUCUGAAUUUCAAAUAGCUUUUCUUCCUUCCUUUUUCUAACAAGUUUCUCAUCAUAAAAACAAAACAAAAAACGAAUUUUGUUGUAAAGUUUUGUUUGAAAUGUGUGAGGCUGUCAGAAAGCAACUUGUUCUCAACACUGCUGGCAUGGAUCUUGCACAUGUAUAUGUACUGUACAGUAAAGACAAUUACCAGGUAGAGCCAUGUCUGCAGCUGGCAUGCUGAAUGAAGAACUAGCACACAGAUUAGGGUUUAAUCUCAGAGAAGAAUUUAGAUACAAAACUGAAACAUAGAUGGACACAAUUAUGCUACUUCAGGGAAAAAUAUGAGCUGUAGAGCUUUUAAAAAUAGUUUGAUUAAAAUAAUUGGAUUAGGGAAAGGCAUUGGACUUUUUCGAGAGAAAUUACAGUGAUAGAAGGAAACAGUAUGGAGAGAGACAUUUUAAGUAAAUAGCACUUAUAUAUGCUUCUGUAUCUAUAUUUAUAAUAACGUGUUUGUUUUUUUUUUUUUAAAUAGCCCAGCGAUAUUUAUGUAAAGCAACAAGGCUUUUACAGUUAACAAUGGAGAUCUUCUCCUGAGUGUUUUGCUAGAAGUAUGUCUAACAUUGGAACAGGCUGCCUGGGCAGACUGUGAUACAACUAUCCUUGCAGGUUUCAAAAAACUGAUCUAGACAAAACCAUGACUGGCCAGAUCUAGAACUGUUGGUUGGAUCAUGUGGAGCAGGAGAUGGGACUGGGACUGCAUCACCUGUGACGGUCCCUCCCAACCCCACCUUUCUGUGAUUCUGUGAUCAUUUUGGUUUAGCCGUUCUCAAUUGUUUGUACACCAAAGACUAGUUUUACCAGAAGGCUGUUUUGCUAAAUAUGAGCCCUAUUCUACCAAAUUCCUUGGAGAUUUAAUAUGGAAAAGGUAACUUUUCAGGCCCCAUUUUCUCCCUCAUUUGAUAUUUGGUGUUUUGUUUUGAUUGCUAAUAUGUAAGAAUAUAAAGGGAAAAUUAACAUGAAACAAUGUGUAAAAAGAUGGACAUGACUAAAACAUCUCUAAGCAGUUUUUUGCAUGUUAAAGCUAGAGUAUUUCACCUAUUGAACUGCUACAAAAUGACAGAGCAGCACAGUUAUGCAUUCUUUGGUCUUAUCCUCACUUUUCAUAGAGUUGGUUAGAAAAAUCAUCUUUAAUGACAGAAGUAAGGCAUGACUAGAGAAGGAAGUUCACAGAUUCUGGCUGUGUGUUUCAUCUCCUGUGAUAUACUACCCCUUCUGCUGGGCUGGAACAAUUCCUUUUGAGGAUGGCUGGCUGUGGUGAAAUAGAUCAUUCAAUCAACAUGCUUCCCACAAACAGGAAGACAAAUGAGUCGUGUGCUAAUGCUGCACCUUCCCUGACAGUCCCUGAAUGUGCUAUCUGUCUGCAAACGUGUGUCCAUCCAGUAAGUCUGCCUUGUAAACACGUGUUCUGCUAUCUGUGUGUCAAGGGAGCUUCUUGGCUUGGGAAACGUUGUGCGCUCUGCCGGCAGGAGAUCCCAGAGGAUUUUCUUGACAAGCCAACUCUAUUAUCACCAGAAGAACUCAAAGCAGCAAGCAGAGGCAAUGGAGAAUACGCUUGGUACUAUGAAGGAAGAAAUGGUUGGUGGCAGUAUGAUGAACGUACCAGCAGGGAGCUGGAAGAUGCCUUUUCCAAGGGUAAAAAGAGCACUGAAAUGCUAAUUGCUGGGUUUUUGUACAUAGCAGAUCUGGAAAACAUGGUUCAGUAUAGGAGAAAUGAGCAUGGACGGCGCAGAAAAAUAAAACGGGACAUAAUAGAUAUACCAAAGAAGGGAGUGGCUGGGCUUAGGUUGGACUGUGACAGUAACAGUGUCAACCUGGCACGAGAGAGCUCUGCUGACGGUGCAGACAGCACACUGACUGGAGGGGCUGCAGCUGUACAGCCUCUGGUGCCUGUUUCUGCUAGGCCCCUGCCAUCACUGGAUGGUCAGCUUGUGAGUCCUUCGACACCCUCUCCUGAUGCAAGCACUUCUCUGGAGAACUCUUUUGCCCACUUACAAAUAAAUGGAGACAGUAUGGCUGAAAGGAGUCAUAGAGGAGAGGGAGAGGAGGACCACGAAUCAUCAUCUUCUGGUAGGGUACCAGCCCCUGACACCUCUGUGGAGGAGACUGAAUCGGAUGCUAGCAGCGAUAGCGAGGAUGUGUCUGAUCCCCUCCAGCAACAUCCAUCCUCUGCCCAGCAGAGACACUUGAAUGCAAACACAAACCAGCCUGGAGCGGAUAGACCAGUGGCAGGGGGAGGGGUGGCAAAUGCAAGUGUAAGAUCUAGGAGGCCAGAUGGACAGUGCACAGUCACUGAAGUGUAAAUCUGGAGCCAUGCAAUUUAAAAACUCAGUCUCCUAUCUGUAAAUUUUCUGUCCACGUUGGCAUUGCACUCAGACCUAGCAGUGUGUUUGGUGGGAGGGUGGGGCGAAGGGAAGCAGCAGAUUUGGCCUAACUUAAGUCUUUUAACAUGUCUUAGCUGGAAGACUAACUGUAAGAAACUGGGUUGUCCUGUUAAUGGUUUGAAAGCUGCUUAGCAAUACCCGGUUUUCUUGAAAAUGUCUUGUGUUUAUUUUGUAGCAUUUUGCCCUUGAAGAUACUCUAUCCCUUUUUGGCCAAUGUAUAUCUACUGUACAACUUGAAUUGUCUUCAUUAUCUGAUUGUUGCAUUAAGUGUCUUACUACUUUCUGCAUGGAUUGAUGUAUGAAAAGAACACUAAAGCAACGUGGGAGCAGACACGAUGUUGGGUGUGAGCAGGAUGCUUAAUUUAAUGUGAGAAAAAUAGAUGUGAGUUUGGAGUUAAACUGUGUUUUUACUAGACAAAGAGCAAGCAUUUACCUUCCUUCAAUGGAAAUGUAAAAAUGCUGUUAACUUUUGUUGCAAAUUCUUACCUAUACACUUCAUGGCAUUUUCAUCGGCUUUGCCAUCUAGUCCUUGUAGUUCUGUUUUUGAGGUCUUUCUUGAUCCGUCUCGUUUUUGUUACGGAAUUUAUAAUUUAAUAAAACUACAUUUUAUCAGUAA